UAAAAUUCUAUACUUUCUUUCUAAAAAGUUGUGAAAUGUAAACACGUGAAAUCUAAAUAAUUUUUAAAUUAUUUAAAGCCAAACCCCAAAAAACAGGGUCUUAGAACUAUUAACUAGCAAAUAACAGUCUUCCAAACCCAACGGAAAACAAACCUGAGUUGAAAAUGCCGAAAAGUAAGCAAAAACUUAAAGGAGUGACCUUCCAACUGGUCCACAGAAGUCAGCAAGAUCCUCUGGUAGCUGACGAAACGGCCCCGCAACGUGUCUUGAAGCCUCUGGGUGGAAAAGACAAUGAAUCGAAAGCCGAGAAAGAAAAGAGGAUUGAAGAGCAGCACAAAUAUGGGAUAUAUUUCGACGAUGAUUUUAAUUAUUUGCAACAUCUCAAAGAGCCUCAAGAUAAUCGUAUGGAAUGGCCAGAACACGUCGAAGAUGAACUCGAAAAACGCAAAGAAUCAAAAAUCAAACUACCUUCUUCCGUAUUCGCUUCAGAAGUUGAAGAGGACGUUGGUAUGCUGGGUAAAGCUGCUCCAGUAUCUGGCCCUCAAUUGCAUCUCGAUCCAGAGCUGGUUGCAGCAAUGGAUGAUGACUUUGACUAUAACGAUCCAGACAACCAACUGGAAGAUGAUUUUAUUCAAUUAGCUCAAGGCGUAGCCUCAGACGAUGAGUUUAAUGAAUAUGACGAAGAUAAUUAUGUUGAUUCAGACUUUGAUGAUGAAGAAAUGGAUGAUGUUGGAUCCCUUAAUGGGUCGGAGAGAUCGUUUUCAAAGGAAGAAACAAAAUCUAGAUUCACUAGCUAUUCAAUGACAAGCUCAGUUAUGAGAAGAAACGAACAAUUAACACUCUUGGAUGACAGAUUUGAAAAAAUGUACCAAGGAUAUGAUGAUAAUGAAAUUGGAGCUUUGGAUACUGAGGAAAUUGAGGGGCACGUUUUGGAUUCUUCGGAUUUGUUGCUUCAUUAUGCAGAUGAAUUUGAGAAAAAUCAGAAAAGGGAGUAUUUGGAUCAUGAAAAAAUUAGUGAAAAAAUUAAGGAACAGUUGGCAAGAGAGUCCGAUGAGGACAGUGACGAAAUUGAUUAUGUUGAAGUGGAUGACAAACCUAAAUGGGAUUGCGAAAGUAUUUUGAGUACAUAUUCAAAUAUUUACAACCAUCCUAAGUUGAUAAAAGAACCAUUGAACAAUAAAACCAACAAAAUCCAAAUAGACAAGCGCACAGGAAUUCCGAAAAAUAUAUUGGAUGCCAACAAAUUGACCACAAAAGCAUUGAAUCAAUUUAACGAAGAAAACGAUGAAAUGACAAAUGCCGGUCCCAAAUCAUAUUCUGGUCAAUCUGUGAUAUCUCAACUGUCCACCCUUUCGAUAAGACCCAAAGACGAAACGCCAGAAGAUAGAAGGGAACGUAAAAAAGCGCUGAAAGACUACAGAAAAGAACGCAGAUUGGAAAAGAAAAUCAAUUCUGUUGCGUUCAAAGAUGAAGCUAAAAGACAAGUCAAGAUUGCUAUUAACAAUAGGAAUAAUGUGCAAGGCAAUAGAAUAUUGUAGGUUUUUUUAUGUAUACUGUUGUCUAAGAAUAAACAUUGCUAGUUUGAAAGUUCGCA